ACGCAGCCGCUUGUUGCACGAUCAUGUCAGUGUGCGAUUGGGUGUGCGAUUGGGUUUGGGGUGUCGACGUGCGUUCUGUGGUGAGGCUUCUUGUCCGCCUCCCGCAAAUCAAGACGCACUUCGAUGCGACUGGCGGUGGUAGUGGAGGUGAUGGCUGACGAUUUGAGUUGUGUUUUCGUCAGGCGCAGGUGGUUGGCGGCGUUUCGGUGUGACAUGAAUGUCUGUCUCUGGUUGUCAUGUGUGAAUGUGUGUGUGUGUGUGCGAGUGUGUGUGUGUGUGUGCGAGUGUGGUUGCUUUGGCUGUUUUUGUUGCCCCGGCUGGUGAAUUAAUUUGUUGUCAGUCAGGGUGUUGCUAGGCUGGCGGGUAGCCUCGACGCAUUCACAUACACACCACACACACGCACACACUCGAAACAACACAAGCAAGCGAGUGGGCACAGAUACCACACACACACACACACACACAUACACACGGAUACGAAGACACCAACAAACCUCUGAGCCAACAAGUCCACCGCCAGUACAAGACGCCCUCUAUCUGACACUCAAUCUCUCUCUCGCGCGCACACACACGCACACUCUCACGCACCCGCCUACAGCAACAUCAGGACGCAAGACCACCGCCGUCAUGAACAAAGCUGGUUUCUCUCUUCUCCUCAUCGGCCUUAUCGCUGCCUUCAGCGGCGGUGUGCGCGGCCAGUAUGCGGCGUGUUCGCUGCUGCAGGUUUCUGACGCGGCCUCCUGCCUUGGUGUGUGCCAAUCCGUCUACACCACCAACUCCUACGCCUUUUACGACCGCAGCGGAAGCAAGACGUGCGUCUGCACGGUUGGCGAGGACAACAGCUUCCAGGUCUGCGGCUCUGCGGACACAACGACCACCACCACCACGGCGGCCACCACCACCACCACAGACUACUUUGAGAGCGACCCCACCCUGACGGAGGCCCGGGCAUAUCUGACAACACUGCUUGGCAGCAACUGCGAGAGCGCUGUCUCCCGCGCACUCACCGCAGAGUCACUGCAAUGCAUUGAGCUGUUUGUGUCGGCCGAAGACGACGUGUUCUCCCCCGGUGUCAACCAGACCCUCAACGAAUUUUAUGAUGACAUGUGCCGUGCUCCUUGCCUCGGCGUCAUCUUCAACGCAAUCGACAAGCUUGAGGCAGCAGGCUGCCUGCCCGAUGUCGCCGACAAUGCGCCAACCACGCCCCUCAACGCCACGCUUGCCACGCUGGACCAAUUCGCCACCACGCGCGACGACGUGCACUUGAAGUGUGUCCGGGUGGAUGGCAGCGCCACCCCGCGCUACUGCGGCGCCAUUCUGCCAACGGUGACCAAGUUUGAGACUGCUGCCCACACCGUCACGGCGGAUGACUGCACGGAAGUCAUGGAGCACGGCUACUGCCUCGGCAACAUCCUGCAGGUAUCAUGGGAGGGGGAUGUUGUGGAGGCGUAG